AUGACUUCUAUAAACAAGAGUUGGAAAACUCUUUAUUCUUAUGAUACAGGGAAGAUUUAUUUACAUUUAAAGAAUAAUGAAUUAGUUUCUUUGGAUUUUUCGAUUGUCAACAAGGAUAUCACAAAUUAUUCAAAUAAUCAACAAGUUAAAACUUUGAGUACUCCUCCUGUCAAUUCCACUUUAUUUUUAUUAAAUGAUGAAUUAUAUGCGUUGACUUCCAAACAUGUUGAUGAUGAUGACGACAAGGAUUUAUGUGGACAAGGAAGUGUAUCUAUUGUUAAAUACAUUGAGGAAAAUAAUUCUUGGGAUGAUGAAACGAUAAUUGAUUUUAAUUUUGAUGACAUUUCCGAUAGUUCAUUUUAUCAAUACCAAACUAUUCUUACAAAUCCAACUAAUAAUAAUACUAUUUUUGUAUACGGUGGUGAAUGUAAUGGGGAGAUAUCCAAUAGACUAAUAUCCAUCGAUUUUGAUACUGGGAAUGUCAAUAAUAUAAGUACUUCAACAAAACCACAAGCCUUCUAUGGUGCCAGCAAUAUAUUAGCGCCUAUUCCACAAUCUCAAUUAAUAAUUGGAGGUGAACUGAAUCAAGGAUGGUUAAAUAUGUAUCAAUUGGCGACCUGGGAUUUUUUAUCAGGAUGGUCAUUUAAACAAGUCAAAGCAUUGGCUAAUCAUGAAGUUGUAAAUUCAAGAAACUUCCCGCUUUUACUACCCAUUUUCAAUCCUGUUGCAAAUGAAACAACGGUUAAUGAUGAUUUGAGAAUUGACCAAGUAUUGAUGAUUGGUGGGGAAUUAAGUGCGGAUGAUGAUCAAGACGUGAGCCCAACGUAUGCCAAAUUAUCUAUGGUUUCAAAUGCAUGGGUGUGGAAUACUACACAAACUGAAUAUAAUUUAUCAUAUGAUGAAAUAAUAGGAGCCGCUACUAUUUUCAAUACAUUAGUGGUUAUAAACUCUACUGAUUCAAAUAGCAUCAAAAGAGAUGAUGAUGGAUACCGUUUGAAUUUAUAUGAUGCAGAAACUUUCAAACCCGUGGAAUCAUUAAAACUGAAUACACAGAAUAUUCUACUGAAUCCAAAUGCCCAUUCAUCUUCUGGAGAUCAUCAUACAACUGAAAAGAUUGUUCUUGGAACUAUUCUACCCAUAUUUGCUAUAGUAUUGGGGGUAAUUGUGUUUUUCUACCUUAGAAGAAGAAGAAGAAAACAGAAACAAUUGGAAGAAGAACAACAACAAUAUAAUGAAAUUGACUACAAAUAUGGAUACUUGGCACCACCAGAAUCUAUUCCCCGUCCUAUAUAUCAUCAAUUGAAUGAUUCAAACUCAACAUUAAGUGGAGCAUCAAUCGACUCAUGGAUGAAAAAGAGACAAGAUUAUGACAAACGAAAAUUAAGAAAUAGUUAUCUUGCAUCUAAUGAUACACUAAAUACUGUUGAUGAUGAAGAUACACAUAGUGGUAGUCAAUAUAAUGAAGAUGAUCAUCAAGAUGAACCAGGAGAACAAGAUUUGGGUCAAUCCAAUAAUUUGUUACACCCACUGUCCAAGACAACACCACAUCACAAACCUAGUAAGAAUUUGAAGAAAUCAUUUUCAUUUUCCAAGAGCCCACCUUCUACACCAAUAGGUAAAUUCAAAAGAUAUCAAUCAUUGAAAGAAUCAAGUUCUGAAAGUAUGAUCCCUGAAGAUUCAACAACUGACGGUAGUAAUCAAGAACCAAUUCAUUCAGAUGCUACUUCUUUAGAUGAUCAAAUGGAUGUACAAGUAUUGGUCAGUAGUAAACGAAGAUCUAUUUUAAGAGUAGUAAACCCUGAUCUAUUAGAAGAAGAAGAACAUGAUGAUAAUGAUAAAGGAUCCGAAACACCUGAAAAACAAAGUAUCAUUAGAGAAGAUGAAGGGGAGGAAGAAUUUGAUUUAAGUCAAGUACUCAAUCAACAUUUUGAAAAAAUAAACGAUGUAUGUGACACUAGUAGUGGAAGUGACAAUUCAUUACGACAAAGAAUUCCUUCUGGUCAAUUAGACAAUUAA